UGAUAUUCCAUCAUGAAGUUCUUCGCAUUCUUGGCUAUCGCCUUAGCUUUGGUGGCUUGUAUGGUCCAGGCUCAGCCUGUGAGCGAUGUGGAAACGUAUCCAGCUGAAAAUCCUUUGCUGAUUAAGGAUCCCCAGCAGGAGGUUGUGGAGCACAGUCGCCAAAAGCGGGCCACAUGCGACCUCCUCUCCAAGUGGAAUUGGAACCAUACUGCCUGUGCUGGCCACUGUAUUGCCAAGGGGUUCAAAGGAGGUUACUGCAACGACAAGGCCGUUUGCGUUUGUCGUAACUGAUUUGACUUAAAUCCGGAACCAACGAGGAAAUAUAUAAAGCCUUAACAGUAUCAAGAUGUAAAAAAUAAAUAAAAAAUAAAAUAUGUAAAAAAU